CCAGCCCUUAAAUACUGCAGCAGCUCCUCAGGACACCUAACUGAUUUGUUCUACAUCGUAAAGAAGAACUCUACGCAAUUAACAUGUCUGGAAGAGGUAAAACUGGAGGAAAAGCUCGCGCCAAGGCUAAGACUCGCAGUUCCCGCGCUGGUCUGCAAUUCCCCGUCGGCCGUGUUCACCGUCUUCUGCGCAAAGGCAACUAUGCUGAGAGAGUAGGUGCCGGUGCUCCCGUCUACCUGGCCGCUGUUCUUGAGUACCUCACAGCUGAGAUCCUUGAGUUGGCGGGAAACGCUGCAAGAGACAACAAGAAGACUCGCAUCAUCCCUCGUCACCUUCAGCUGGCCGUUCGUAACGAUGAGGAGUUGAACAAACUGCUCGGCGGCGUGACCAUCGCCCAGGGUGGUGUUCUCCCCAACAUCCAGGCUGUACUUCUGCCCAAGAAGACUGGCCAGGCUGUUGCCAGCUCAGGGAAAUCUGGAAAGAAAUCAUCUUCCCAGUCGCAGGAGUAUUAAAUAUGUAGACUUGUCUUGAACUGUCUUUAAACUCAACCAACGGCCCUUUCAAGGGCCACCCAACUCGUCUGAAAAGAGCUUAUUCCAUCGCUUCCACAUUGACCGUUAUAUAGCUUGUGUUCGUGGCUUGAUUUUACAAA